AUGUCGACACUCUCAGUCUACAACUACUCGCUCCUCUCCGUCCCCGCAGUCUGGGUCCUCGGCAUCUCGACCCACUGGCAUGCGAUCCUCCUCUCUGCUCGCUCAAAGGAGAUCCCCAAGUUCGACAAUGUCGCACCGAGGCAGUUUUGUGCCAAGGUUUCGGGGUUGGCGAAGACUUCGAAGGACGCCCGCGAAUUCCUCCGCACCGAAGCCGCCCAGCAAAACAUCUUCGAAAACAUCGCCCUCUACGCCGCCGCCGUCGUCGUGGGAAACGUCGCACGCUUGCCGGUCAGCUACCUGAACAAGGUUGCGCUUGGCUAUCUCGUGUCGAGGUUGGCUUUCGUCAUCUGCUACGUCAAGACUGAGCAGGAGAAGUACACGCCUCUCCGCUCGCUCGCCUACCUCGGCAGCACGAUCCUCACUCUCGGAGUGUUCGUCAAGGCCGGCACCAACUUCAACAAGGCGCUUUACUAG